GUCCACCAAACCCCACUAAUCACAUCAUCCUAAUUCAUUUCAUUCAUCCAUCUUCUCAUCUUCUUGGUAUUUUUUUUUUUUUAAUAGAGAGAAAUUAAAACCCUCAACUCAAUGAGUUCCACAAGCAAAGCUUCCAGUGAGGAGAGUGGUUGGACUACAUAUUUUGAAGACUUCUUUAACAAUAACAAUAACAAUGAUUAUGCUAACAACAACCACAACUAUUCUUCUUUGUCUUUAUCCGGUGUUGCUUCCUCCUCAUCCUCCCUUCUCUCAGAUGCCACUUCUUUGCUACAUAAUAACCAACAUGUUCAGAUUCAGAAUGUCUUUUCUUUUAAUCAAAUUACGGAUUCAAAUUUAAAGAAGAGAAAGAAUAUCGUUGAUCAAGCUUUGGAAGACACGGCAACUUCUCUUCUCAAUAGUCCCAAGGAGAAAGACAACACCUCAGGACAAAAAGAAUUGUGUUUAAAUGGGAAGGAUAGUGACUGCACAGAACUAAAAAAGAGAGGCCUUUGUGUAUAGUUCCUUUGUGAAUGGUAGCAAACCCAUGUUAUAGGCCAAUUAUCCUAAUACUUAAUGAAUUUAAUUCAUAUAACUUUCAA